AUGUUUUAUUUAAAUCAACAUUCAUCGAAAUCUACGUGUCGAAAUGAACAAGAUUAUUGGUCGUAUAAUAAUAUACGAAAAUUUGAAUAUAUCAAUAGUAAUAAUAUGUUUAUUAAUGAUUUUGAUAAUUUUCCAAUUCGUUUAACUAAUCUUCAUGAACUUGAUAUUGCUCUUCCUAUAGGUAAUUAUUUUUGGUCAAUUAUUUCAUCAUGGAAUCAAUUGAUUUCACUUAAUAUAAGUAUUAAUGGAAAUGAAAAUAAUGUUUAUUUUCAAUUACAAAAAUUUCUUGAUCAAACACCACAUCUUUAUUCAUUGAAAUUUUCUAAUUGGAAUGAUUUGAAUAUGAUAUUAUUUCAAAAAUUGAAAAGUAAAUCAAUUCGUCGACUUCAUUUUACUGAAUUACGUGUAACUUGCCGUCAAUAUUUUGAACGUAAUGAAUGUUCUGCAUUAAUCAAUUCAGCAUUGGGAAAACAAUGUGAAGUUUUAAUUAUUCCUAUUGCUAAUGAAAUAUUGGCUGUUGAUAUUGCUGAAAAUAUGAUAAAACUUCGAAGUUUGAUUAUCAAAUGUCAAGGUAACAGAUCAUCUAGAUUUAAAUUCUCAUCAAGAAAUGAUCUAUUUGUUCAAUGGAAAUAA